AUACAUAAAAACCAAACAAACAAAAUAGAUUGUCGCAAUUCUUUUUUUCAAAUUCAGUGCCUUAAAUCACUCAAAAACCACAACUAAAUCAUCAAACGAUGCGUGCAGUACCCAAGUGGGUUGAAAAAAUUCAUGAACAAAGUGAUAGAAGUGACAUUGCUAGCAUUCAUGCAACCUGCUUCCAUCCAGAAGCAUUGCAAUUAAUUGUUGGAGCAGGUGAUAAAGUGUUGGUCUAUGAUGCUUCAGAUGGGAACUUAAUUGAUACUUUAAAAGGACAUAAAGAUACAGUUUACUGUCUAGCUUACAGUAAGGAUGGUAAACGGUUUGCAAGUGGAUCUGCUGAUAAGACUGUCAUUAUUUGGACUCAAAAACUUGAAGGAGUUCUGAAAUACUCACACAAUGAGGGAAUUCAGUGCCUUGAAUUUAAUCCGGUAACACAUCAGCUUGCUAGUUGCUCUAUAAGCGACUAUGCAUUCUGGUCAUCAGAACAAAAGAAUGUUCAAAAAUAUAAAAUCCAAGCAAAAGUUAAUUGCUGUUCAUGGACUAUUGACGGACAAUAUAUUGCAUUAGGAUUAGCAAAUGGAAUCAUUAGCAUUCGUAAUAAACUUGGAGAUGAAAAAGUAAAAAUUGAUAGAGGCAAAGCACCAAUCUAUGGAAUUCAAUGGGCACCACCGAAUGCAAAUGCUCAAGGUCCUCCUGAUGUUUUAGCUGUUGCUGAUUGGAAUCAAAUGCUAUCAUUCUAUACAAUUGGUGGACAAAUGAUUGGAAAAGAAAGACCAUUAGGAUUUGACCCUUUAUGCUUAAAAUUUUUUAUUGAUGGAGAAUCUCUCGUUGUUAGUGGAUGUAAUAAGCAGCUUCAAUUAUUUACACGUGAUGGUAUACGUGUUGGAACCUUAGGUGAGCCACAUGAAUCAUGGAUAUGGAGUGCUUCACCACAUCCUCAUGGUACAGCUAUAGCUGUCGGAUGUCAAGAUGGAUCACUUGCUUACUACAAUAUAGCAUUUAGUACUGUUCAUGCCUUAUAUAGAGAAAGAUAUGCGUAUCGUGAGAACAUGUGUGAUGUUAUCAUUCAGCACUUAGUAUCAGGACAAAAAGUUCGAAUUAAGUGUCGUGAUUUAGUUCAUAAAAUAGCAAUCUAUAGACAUAAGCUAGCAGUUCAAUUACCUGAACGCGUUGUUCUUUAUGAACUAAGCUCAGCAGAUAACCAACCAAUGCACUACAGAGUUAAGGAAAAAAUCUCAAAAAAAUUUAAUUGUAGCUUGUUGGUCGUGUGUGCACAGAAUCUAGUAUUGUGUCAAGAGAAACGUCUUCAAAGUUUAGAUUUUAAUGGAGAAUUGCAGAGAGAAUGGAUCAUGGAUUCAUUCAUAAGAUACAUCAAAGUAACAGGUGGUCCACCUGGCCGAGAAGGUCUUAUAAUUGGUCUUAAAAGUGGUCAAGUUUGGAGAAUAUUUCUUGAUAAUUCAUUGCCGAUAUUGGUAACAACAGUUUUAUCAUCAGUUCGAUGUUUGGAUUUAAACGCAUCAAGAACAAAACUUGCAGUUGUCGAUGAUGCCGGAAGAAUGGUUGUAAGAGAUUUAACUACAGAUACAUUACUGUAUCAAGAUUCAGGAGUAAAUUCAGUCGCUUGGAAUACAAACUUAGAGUCUAUGCUGUGUUAUUCCCACACAAAUGGUGGUUUGAGCAUUCGAGUUGGAACUUUACCUGCUAAAAACCCUCAGAAUAUGAUUGGAGUUGUUGUUGGUCUUUGCGGAGCAACAGCAUUUUGUUUAAGAGGGAAUAUCAUGACUAAUGUAGCACUAGCUUUAAGUGCAACACUUUGGCAAUUUGUUGAAGCUAAUUUAUUUGAAGAAGCGUAUCAAGUAGCAUGUCUUGGUGUCACAACAAAUGAUUGGGAAGCACUAGCACAAGCUGCUUUAGAUGUUCAUAAUUUUAAAGUUGCACAAGAUGCUUUUGUAAAAACGAGAAAUUUGCCUUGGCUGGAGUUUAUAAAUGAAAUCAAAGUGAGACAAAAGCAUGGAGACGUUCCUAAGGAACUGAUUCAAGCAGACAUUCUAGCUUUUGGUGCAAAGUUCAAAGAAGCAGCUCGACUUUUUCAAAAGUGUGGACAUAGCAAUAAAGCUAUUGCGAUGUACAGUGACUUAAAAAUGUUUGAUCUCGCUCAACAGUUUAUCAAAGAAGAUGACAACAGUGAUGAUAAAAAGGAAUUGGUGAAGAGAAAGGCUGAAUGGGCAUGUUCAGUUCAUGAGCCUCGAGCUGCUGCUGAGCUACUUCUGAGUGCAGGUGAAGUAGAAAGAGCUAUUGAAAUAGUUGCAGAACAAGGAUGGACUGACUUACUCUUGGAUAUUGGAAGAAAAUUGCAAGCAAGUGAAAAGUCUUCAUUGGAAUUAAUUGCAACUCAUUUGAAAAGGUUAAAAGCAUUGCCAUUGGCAGCAGAAAUUUAUAGAAAAUUGGGAGAAGAAGCUCAAGUUGUUCAGCUUCAUGUUGAAGCUAGAGACUGGAAUGAAGCAUUUAGACUAGCUGAGCAUUUAACCCAAGUUUUACCGACAGUUCAUUUGCAACAUGCCCAGUGGCUUGCUGAUUCCGAUCAAUUUAUAGAAGCUCAUGAGGCUUACGUAAUGGCUGGAAAACCUAAAGAAGCUCACAUCUUGUUAAAAAAUCUAGCAGAUUGUGCAGUAAAUGAGGAAAGAUUCCUUGAUGCUAGUUAUUAUACUUGGUUGAGAGCUAAGCAAUUGCUUAAAAUGAUGGAAUUGAAUCCAGAUGAUACCGCACCAUCACAUAUCAAGGAAUUUAAAGUAUUAUUGCAACUAUCAUCGAUUUAUUAUGCAUACUCAACAAUCCAUUCGUACUUACGAGAACCAUUCACAAGUUCUCCACCCUUAAAUUUAUUUAAUACGAGCAGAUUUAUUGCUAAUCAAAUAGCAAACAGCCUUCCACCGAAAGGUCUUAGUAUGUUUGCUGUUUACUACACACUUUCAAAACAAGCAAAAGUUCUUGGUGCUAAUAAGCUGCACCUACAAAUUAACAAUAAAUUACAGUCAUUGAAGGCACCUAGUGGCAUUCAAGAACAAGUUGACAUCAAUAUUAUGAAUUCAAGAGCUGCAAGUGGUGGAUUUAGUGACCCGGAGGAACUUUUGCCGAUGUGCUACAAAUGCUCAAACUUUAGUAUGCAUUUAAGUGGAAAUCAAUGCUCAAAUUGUCAACAAGAUUUUAUUUUUUCUUAUGUUUCAUUUGAAAUUUUGCCACUUGCUGAAUUUUUUCCUGAAACUGAUGUAAGUUCAGAAGAAGCUGAAAGACUUUUGAUGACACCACAAAAGGAAGAUUCUAUCGAUCCGUUCACAGAAACCAUUAUUCAUGAUGAUAUUGGUGACUUGCUGCCGUUAACAUUGAAUCGAGAAUCUCUUCGAGCUAUUGAUCCGAGAAAUGUAAUUUUGGUUAAAUGGCCACUCCCAAUCGGAACUAAAUAUUACAGAAACUUAUUGCCUGAGUUGCAGAUUACUGUUUGUCCUGGAUGUUAUCAAGCAUUUCAUUCUGAAGAUUUUGAGUUGCAAGUUUUGCAAAAAGGAUCCUGUCCAUUCUGUAGGAUGCUUGAAGAAAAGCUUUUCAAUUCGUAUUAACGUGAAAUUAUAUGAAGUGGUAAUUAACUUUUAUAGAUGUUAAAUAGCACAUUAAAUAUUCCGUCCACAAAUGAUGAUUAAUGUGAUUUUAUGUAUUCACAAAACUAAUUUGAGA